AUGCAAUAAGUAAAAUAUCCAGAUUUAUCAAAUUCAAAUUAGGAAACUCUAUCCUCACAAUUGUUUGAGAAUACUAAUUAAAACAUUAAAUUUAUACCUGUUGUGACACAACAUUAAGAUUAAUUUUCCUAAUCAAUUUAUGUUCAACCUUAAGUUUCCUUAAAUCAGGUUGCUCCUUAUUAAGAGUUUGCAAAUUAUCAGGUGACUCAGGAGCCGAUUUAAACAUCCAAUCUAAUCAAAGAUUAAGAAUUUUAAAAACAAAAGAAAUUUUUAAUGCAAAUUUUAGGAAUUUUCAUUAUUUGGACAAUUGUGGCCUCUUUGAUAUACAUUUUCUUCUGCUACACUUUGUUUCGAAUACAAAGACUUGAUAUAGUUUUUUUUACUUUCCUUUUUAUAUCUGUGAUCCUAAUCCCAAUACUCAUCAAAAUUGGAAUCGGGGAAAGGUUUAGGAAUGUAAUGCAAAAUCAUAUAUAUAGAAAUCUACCAGCAUUUGUAUCUUAUUUGGAUUAAUUUUGAAUCACACAAUGCUUUAUUUCGGAAUCUUUGGUAUUAUAACUUAUAGAAUUAAUGAUUAUUGGGGAGGUAAAAAUAUUAUACUAUAAAAGCCUUGGCUGUAUUUAUCAUCUUUUAAAUAAAUAUAGGUGUAAACUUCAUUAGUAAUUUCAUCAUGUUGAUAUAUUUAUGGUUUGAAUAAAAUCGUAUAAAGAUGAUUUGUAAGAAUUUAAAUAUCAAUUUAAGAUGUGUUUGUAGGACAACUAUUAGUUAUUGGUGUUUGUUGGAUAUUUUUAAAAUAAAUAACAUUAUUUUUAGUUUUCACCCUCCCUUACCCAUUUUGUGUACUGAAUGUGCUGAAGCAAAUCUAAAAAGGACGAGUAAAUAUUUAUUUUUAAAUUAGUUUAAAUUGUAAGAUGAUCAGGUAAUUACAGCAUCAAUUACAGCUUUUUAUGGAAUGAUAAUAUGUUGUGAAGACUGA